CGUCGCAUUGUCACAGUUGGUAGAGUCCAAUGUCCUCUGCCUACUGAGUGAAGAGCUAAAGGCCACUGCUUGGUGUAAACAGAAGGAACCAUGGUCAACUUUGUAGCACUUGCCCGGGAGCAUUGGGUGAACAUACUGGUGCCCAUGGGCUUUGUGAUCGGAUGGUACCUCGACAAACAACAGGACCAGAAGCUGACAGCUUUCAGGAACAAAAGUGUUUUGUUUAGCAGGGAGCUGAAGCCUGGUGAGGAGGUGACCUGGAAGUAGACUGCCCCUACCUGGAUAAUAUGUCCCGUCAUCUGUGGUGUCCCUCGAAUCAGAGUAUUUAAGAAGACUGUAUCUAUGUAUUUCAGUUGUAUCAACAGACAAUAAACAUGCCCUUUCUCAU